AUGUCGCACCUGCAAUACUACAACUAUGAAGGCGUUGGCCAGAGAAACCAAAAAAACUUCAGAUAUAGUCAAGCCGUCCGCAUUGGCGACCGCAUCGAAUGCGCAGGACAAGGGGGCUGGGACCCGAAAACCGGCGUCUUUUACAAAGAGAUCAACGAGCAGAUUGAUCAGGCCUUUUCAAAUGUCGAAUUGAACCUGAAGGAUGCAGGUGGAAAGGGCUGGGAGCAGGUAUUCCGGGUGAACUCGUACCAUGUCCCGAUCAAUGACGAGGCUCUGGCGGCCAUGGUGCGCAACUUCAAGCGCUGGAUGCCCAAUCACCAGCCGAUUUGGACUUGUGUCGGGGUGACUAGACUCGGAGAAGAUGAUAUGCGGGUCGAGAUUGAGGUGGUGGCUCAUGAUCCUUGA